AUGCCUGUUCUCGAAAUAAACGUUUCUGGUGAAUGCCGACUGAGCCGUCCUGCUGAGAGAGCCUGCCUCAAUGUGCGUGUGGCGGCGGAGAGUUCAAGUCAGGACGAAGCAGCCCAAAACGCUACCAGGGCAGUAAACACACUCCACGAGAAGUUCCGCGCGCUAUCUCGCAGCACGGGGGAUAGCCAUGCGACCUCAGAUGCACCAAUCACGACUUUUAAUAUUGGGUCAAUCACCACCUCCUCGAGAAUCCCCACGGACAUAAACAACAUACCCACUGGCCCACGCCAGUUCUCGGCCUUUGCCAGCCUCUCUGCAGUCUUUCGCGACUUUGCCAAGCUCGGCCAGAUCGCAUCCCAACUGUUCAUGAUGCCGUUCGUAGAAGUGCAGUCAAUCGACUGGCGGCUGACGGAUGCGACAUCUGCGGAGCUAAACAAGGAGGCGCAGAACAAGGCACUGCUAAACGCGAUUGAAAAGGCAACGCUUUACUCGCAGGUGGUUGCUCGAGAGGUGUCCGUGGUGGAAAUUUGCGACCAGGGUGGAACUUUCCCUGGAUCUAGUUCGCAGCCGGUCCGUCGAUACACGAUGGCUAGAGCUGCCUACGCUGGCUCUGGUGCAGAAGCAUUGGAACUAGAGCCACAAGAGAUUGCCGUCACGGCUUCGAUCACGGCAAAGUUUGCUACGGCAGAAUGGACCAGGCCAGCUGUCAUUACGCGUUAUUGA